AUGGUUGACAAAUCCAGAGGUACAGGAGUAUUUACAGGAAAUUGUCAGAAUCCUGAGCAAACUCUUAUGAGAUGCUGCAGCCACAGGAGAGGGGACACAUCCACCAUACUGCAAUGUAGAGUUAAACAAAAACGGAAACUAAAUUUACAGUCUAUUAAUACCAAAGAGAAAAAAUUGUGUUUAGAUUUGGAACCUACAAGUAAUGAAACAUUUUAUGCCUUGGUCCCUGACAUUAUGAAGAAUAACAGGGGUGAACCGAUUGUAUCAGUAAUCAGUGGAUAUGGUGCUUUAGGCCAAACUGAAGAUAAAAGUACCUAAUAGAAUAAAAAACAAACUGACUUACAAUA